UCUGCUCACAUGCAGUUUUAAUUAAUCAUGGCUGGAAUAAGUGCCUCUGCUCUUCAAGCUGUCAAGCUGAAGGCUACUGACCAGGUACAGGACAAGAGUGCCCCUCUCUACACAAUAUCUAAUGAGUCUAUUGAGAAAGAAGAGGAGAGGCGUGCCUAUUUCUUCUCCACUGGCCUGGAUCAGUGGUACAAAGAGCUGGAAGAUGUCACCAUCCCUACAACCUUCCUGACCCUAUCUCCCGACGAGGCGAGAGAGAUAGUAUCCUAUUGGACCCAGUACUACUGUCACAAGAGCAGCCAUGACCCUAUCCUCGAUGAGUCUGACAUCAAAAUCCCUCCAGCUCUGGACAGCCUUGUUGAACGUAUUUCCAAAAUGAUAUCUACUUUCUCCCCCGAUGAUGGUGUAUUUGUGAAGCUGUCUACAAGAUCUCCAAAGGACUCUCAUAUUGCCUUCGCAAGGGCCGUGAAAGUUUACAAGUCUCUACCAAGCCCAUCGUCUGGAAACGAUAAGCUCAUCACAUUUGGCGAUAUUUCCCUGGACAGUCUACGAGUGACGAACGGACGUGAGGCUAUCAAGUUGUUCAUAUCGAGUGAUCGAGUUGGUGAAGAUUUGGAGUACGCCUUAGAGCCAGGGGACAAAGACUUUGAUGCAAGGGUCUCCAUUGUCAUCAGGAAGUGGGUCAAGAUUCCAUUAUGGUCUGAAUUCCGUGGUUUUGUUUGGGAUGGCAAACUCACCUCGAUAGGUCAGUACAAUCACCCUGUGGUGUUUACAGAGCUGUUGGGAAAGACAGAGCAAAUAAAAUCCGAUCUUCAAGCAUUUUACGACCGAAUCAAGACCAAAAUUCCUCUGAAGAGAUACAUAAUAGACUUUGCGUGGGUAAAAGAUUGUGUGUAUUUGAUUGAGAUCAAUCCAUUUGAUGGUGAGAUAGUGUAUCCUGCGUCUACUGGGCUGUGGAGUUGGGCCGAGGACAGAGAUCACAUGAUGAGGGGAGAGUUGACACUUAGAGUACGGACAGAGAGACAGUCGGAGUUUGUGCUGAAGAAGACUCUUGAUCCGCAGUGGAGGAACGUACUGUUUACAUAGAAUACUUGUGUUUUGUUAUAAUUAUACAUGCUUCUCUAAUACAGCAAUUUGCUUGUUCAUGCUCGAUUAAACCAUGCAUGAUUAAGCAUGCACCUUGAGUACAUUCAUUAUCAUAAACUUUGUU